AUGACAGCAUCGCUUAAGCACUUCAUCCUUCGCUCUACCGCGCUGAAGCUUUAUCGAGAUCUGUGCAAAAUCGCCUGCAAGCUUCCUGCCUCGGAGUACAAAGAGGUGAAGGCGUUGAUAAGAAACGAGUACAAGAGAUAUCACGAUGAGACGAACCUGGAAGUCCUCGAAGAUGCCCUUCAGGUUGGGAGUUUACAGUUAAAGAAGCUGAAGGAUACAGUUGGGAACAUCUACAAUUGA